UGUCAGAAACACUCCUGCCACCAGUUCAUCACGUUCUUCAUUUCUUCUGUCUUUUUAUUAUUCUUUUUUCGUCUCAACCAAUAACCUCUCGCCCACAACCAAAAAAGCUGCUUCGCGUUCUCCCAGCCUCCGCCGGCGACCCCUCUCCGCCGCCGCGGCCACCGUCGCGUCUUUGCCCCCACUCGCACAACUCCGAAUAUUCCUCUUCCUAAAAAAUAACCACCACUUUCAUCUUCUUUCCCUAAUUGAUGCCCGCACUUAUUCCUUUUCCACCACAUUCCUCCUUCGCUUUCAUCGGACCUUGAAUCCGAUCCACCCUCCGAACCUAGCGGAACCGUAUGGGUGCGAACCGAAGAAAGAGCGAGGAACCGGAGGUGACGAUGGAUCACGUCUUGUUAGCGUCAGGUGAAAGCGCGCCUCAGAGAGAGGCGCGGAUUCGCUCGCUCUUUGGGUUCUUCGACGCGCAGGGACGCGGGUACUUGGACCACGCGCUGAUCGAGAGGGGACUUGCCGCGCUGGGAAUGCCCUCUGAGAGCGACUACGCGCGGGACUUGCUUAGCGCGUGCGGUGCAGACAAGGAUGGGCGAGUGGAGUACGGAGAGUUCAAGAGGUACAUGGAGGAGAAAGAGGUGGAACUGUAUCGGAUAUUUCAGGCGAUCGAUGUGGAGCACAGUGGGUGUAUUUCGCCUGAGGAGCUCUGGCGCGCGCUUGUGAGAGCAGGGAUUCAGAUUGAUGAUGUGGAACUUGCUCGAUUUGUUGAGCGUGUUGACAAGGAUCAUAAUGGGGUUAUAACAUUUGGAGAAUGGAGGGAUUUUCUGCUGCUUUACCCUCAUGAAGCAACCAUUGAGAACAUUUAUCAUUAUUUGGAGCGUGUAUGCCUAGUUGAUAUUGGGGAACAAACUGUUAUUCCAGCAGGUAUUAGCAAACACAUCCAUGCAAGUAGCUAUCUGAUUGCAGGAGGUGUAGCAGGUGCUGCAUCACGUACAAUAACUGCACCCCUUGAUCGUUUGAAGGUUGUAUUGCAAGUGCAAACAACACGAGCUCAUAUAAUGCCUGCAGUAAAACAUAUAUGGAAAGAAGGUGGUUUCUUAGGAUUUUUUCGAGGCAAUGGCUUAAAUGUUCUUAAGGUGGCCCCUGAGAGUGCUAUUAGAUUUUACACCUAUGAGAUGCUAAAGGGCUUCAUUGUGAAUGCUAAAGGAGAAGGGACAAAGGCUGAUGUUGGUACUAUGGGACGGCUUCUAGCUGGUGGUACGGCUGGUGCUAUAGCUCAAACUGCAAUAUAUCCUUUGGAUCUUCUUAAAACACGAAUACAAACUCAUGCUUGUGAAGGUGGAAAAUUUCCCAGUCUUGGAAGCCUGGCAAAAGAUAUAUGGGUUAAGGAAGGACCCCGGGCAUUUUAUAAGGGUUUGAUUCCUUCUAUUCUGGGGAUUAUCCCUUAUGCUGGCAUAGAUCUUGCUGCAUAUGAAUCGUUGAAAGACAUGUCCAAGAUAUAUAUUCUUCAUGAUGAAGACCCUGGUCCUCUUGUACAAUUAGGAUGUGGGACGGUAUCAGGUGCCCUUGGAGCAACCUGUGUUUACCCAUUGCAAGUUGUUAGAACAAGAAUGCAGGCUCAACGUGCUUAUAUGGGGAUGGCAGAUGUAUUCAGGAGAACUUUUAAGCAUGAAGGUUUAAGGGGAUUCUACAAAGGAUUAUUUCCUAACCUACUCAAAGUUGUUCCAGCUGCUAGUAUUACUUAUUUGGUCUAUGAGCAUAUGAAAAAAGGCUUGGAUUUGGAGUGAAGAACUUUGUCGCUUCAUUUGGUAAUUACUCUAAUUGACAUGGCUGACCAUUGGCAACUACUGAAGUGGUUCUGCAUUAGACAUUAAUUACAAGAAUAAAUUCCCUAAUUGAUUUUAUGUCAAUUGUUUAAAUCAUUGUUAAAUAACAUCUCUUCAAAAUUCUUGAAGGACGAAAUUGGUUUGUCCUGGAUGCUGCUUCAUGAAACUAGUUAGUACGAAGCUGCAUAUCCUUGAGCAGAUUUUGUUGUAUGCUAGACUGUACACACAAAAAAAAACAGUUAGGAUCCGAUUUUGUAACAUGUAAUGCCUCACAUUUGCUAAUCAUUAUCUAACAAUUGGUUCUUGUAUUUGUUUGACUUCCCAUCCCCCUUUAAAAUGAUAAAUUAUUUUUUGAACUUCUGAAUACUUUUGUAUCUUUUGAGUUAGUUUGUCACUCUAAUGUAUGUCUUUGUCAUAA